CUUGUUUCUUCCCCCACCAACUUCAAGAAUACAACCAUUUAAGCUGUGAGUUUUUCCUCUUCGAGAGGGCAUUGCGGUGUUGUUUUACAUUGACAGCCAGAAAGAAAAUGAAGAUCAGAAUUGGUUUUAGCAUCAAAAAGUUGCUUCCAUACAAGGGUUCAUCUCCGACCCGACUACAAGCCGUAAAAGUGGGUAGCUCCGAGUUGCUCAAACUGCUCGAGUCAAGCCGUGACAGGGCCCGGGCCAAGCUCCGAUUGAUCAAUAAGCUAAAACACAGCUCAGCCAUUAUUCUAGUGGCUCUGACGGCUUCGUUGACAGUAAUUGUUGCUACUCAUGCUGCAGCAACGCUAGUGGCUGGGCCGGGUCUUAUAGUGGCUUGGUUUGAGCUGGGUUCAACUAUGAGCCUAACCAAGUGGUCAGCUCAGCUCGAUGCAGCAGCCAAAGGGACUUACAUAUUGAGUAGGGACCUGGACACCAUAAGUCGGCUUGUGGCUCGGCUAAAUGAUGAGCUAGAACAUAUGCGAGCCACAGUCAGGUUCUGGCUCGAGAGAGGAGGGGACCGGCUUCAGGCCGGUAGGGAAGUGGCGCGCCAGCUGAAGAAGAAUGACUUGAGCUUUAGUGAACAGCUUGAUGAGUUGGAAGAGCACUUGUACUUGUGUUUCAUGACCAUCAACAGAGUAAUUGUUGCUACUCAUGCUGCAGCAACGCUAGUGGCUGGGCCGGGUCUUAUAGUGGCUUGGUUUGAGCUGGGUUCAACUAUGAGCCUAACCAAGUGGUCAGCUCAGCUCGAUGCAGCAGCCAAAGGGACUUACAUAUUGAGUAGGGACCUGGACACCAUAAGUCGGCUUGUGGCUCGGCUAAAUGAUGAGCUAGAACAUAUGCGAGCCACAGUCAGGUUCUGGCUCGAGAGAGGAGGGGACCGGCUUCAGGCCGGUAGGGAAGUGGCGCGCCAGCUGAAGAAGAAUGACUUGAGCUUUAGUGAACAGCUUGAUGAGUUGGAAGAGCACUUGUACUUGUGUUUCAUGACCAUCAACAGAGGUAGAAACCUAGUAAUGAAAGAGAUUCUGGAUCCGAGUCGACCCAUCACGGCCCAGUGUCUUCAUUAAAAUAAUUAUUUGCCUAAUAAAUAAGGCGAAUU